AUGGUUAAUACAUCGAAGGACGAUAAUCCGCUGGUCCCCAGCUCCAUGCAAAGCCGAAGCACCUUGGGUGACAGCGACAGUUCAAAAGGCCAAGCACACAAGCUCAGUGAUCUGGAUAUGAUCAUCGAUCAGAAUGUGGCACCGUAUGUUCCCGAGCAAACCAGGAUAAUCUCUCCGAAAGCAAUGUGUGCUGAGCUUGCGCAUGAGCAUGCCCUCGAAGAUCUUCAUAAGAUCACAGAUCAUACAUCUGAGCCGAAUGACCCUACUAAA